AGAAGUACCUCCUUCUCUCUGUCAUCCAUUUGAAUGGCUUUGAGAUGAGUACACAGAUGGCAGAACUGGUCUCCAGCAGAUGGCCUCCUGCUAUGGGCGAUCGUCCCACCAGCGCGCAAGAGAUCCUCAAGACAUACGACAAGAUUCUGCACCAGCCUAUGGCUGAAACCCCUUUCAAGACGCCCAAGAUUUCCAAGAGCGUCAAGACAACCUCCAAACCUAACAUCGCUUCGCCAUUCAGCCUUGUUCGCCCCAAGAAGAGCGUCCAAUCAACUCAUAUGGCUAGCCACGAUCUCGACUCCUGUCAACAACCCGAUCACCUCUCACAGGCCUCCCGCAAGCCUGACAUUGUGCCAUUUAGCCCUGUUCACCCCGAAAGCCAACCCAUUCGCAAGCCCAUUUACGUGCCUUUCGACAAUGACUAUGACAUUGAGCAGUCAGACGAUGAUGAGAAGAACCAGCAGCGCUCACAAUUUCCUGAAGAAACGCCGUCCAAGAAGCAGAGAACAGAGUAGAUACAGACAGGCCCUGUUCGUUUUCACUUAAAUUCUAUGUCACAUAUCGAGAAUGGGAAUGACGAGUUUGGAAAAAAGACUGAAUUGUGCGAACAUGUGGCUGGUGAAAAUGGAAGGAACAACCAAAGCGGAGAGCGCGCCUUCUCUACGAACGAUCGAUGACGAUAUUGCAUGUUAGUUGUUGCUUUGCUUCUUUCUUUUCUCUCAACCUACCAAAUACAUCUCCAUCAUGUUUUCGUGUUCCCUCAUCGUGUUGGCGCUGGCCGUUGGCGACCCUCACAUCCUCACUUCACUUGAAUCCUGUCCUGCGAGAUCUGUCGAUACCGCCAUUCACUCACUUUCAAAAUGGCAUCGGGGCGUCAAAGCUUCCAUUCACAAUCCAGU